AUGGAGCCGGGUGCACAGCCUACAGACGAAGAGGCCAAGAAACGGCGUGACCGCGCGCUCAACAAGCCGUCGCGGCAUGAAGACGCGUUGCGUCGUAUGCGAGAAGCAGACAAAGUCACGAAGCGCCGGAAACUUGCGCUGCCAGAAGCCCAGGUCUCUGAAUCGGAUAUGGAACAGAUUAUCAAGUUGGGCGUGGCUGGUGAGGAAGCUCGAGCGCUCGUGGACGGCAACGAGAACACAGCGACCGAAGGGCUCCUUGGCCACUAUGCGCCUAUGGACUAUAAUGCUGGGGGCACCGGACCUGCGCCAGGUGCCACGCCAACACCGCGUCCACAUGAUACGGACGCGCUCGUGCGAGAAGCGCGCGAAUUGCACGCUCGCACCGUGACACAGACGCCGCUCUUGGGCGGAGAAAACACGCCCGCUGCCCCUGCUGUGGCUGCUGCCUCUGCAGGAAAUACCGCGAUGGCCGUGGCGCCGCAUGCCACGCCAUAUCGCGAUACCCUGGGUCUGAAUGAAAUAUCCGAUGUGCCGGCGACGCCGCGCGAUGCGAAAAUUCAGGCACGCAUGGCGAAACGACAGCUGGCAGCGCGGCUGGCGGCCCUGCCAACGCCGAAGAACGACUUUGACAUCAUUGUUGAUGAUACUCCACCGUCCUCGACCGCAGCUGAGUCCAUUGCCAAAGACACCCGCGCCUUCGACGCACAUACAGACAAGGUGGAGGAUGCAGCUCUGCGUGAUGCACGAAUGGCUCAGUUGGCUGCUGAAGCGCGAGAGCAAGAGCUAGCGAGGCGGACGCAAGUUGUUCAACGAGCUCUUCCGCGACCUACGAAUGUGGAUGAGAAGCAGCUGCGUACGCUUCUGGCUUCUUUGCGCACAUCUGAUGAUGAGGCCCAGCAGCUCGUCGAUGACGAAGUGGUCAAGCUCAUGGCACACGACGCACGUGUAUUUCCGCUGCCGGGCAGUCGGCACUCGGGAGGUGAGCGCUCUUCUCUCGCGCGUAUACCCGAUGCCUCACUCGAAGAAGCUCGUCGGUCUGUGGAGGAGGAACUAUUGCAUAGCCAGCCUUUGUGCGACGAAUCCAGCGUAGACGCCGUUGGUGUGCCGGAUGAAGAAGCAUGGGGUCCAGAUGGCUCGCUCGUAUUUCGGUCAUCGCUCACACGUGACGAUCGAAUACUAGGUGCAUCACGGCGCUUGGAUGUCCUUCGUAUGCGGUUGCAUGAGACCGCGACACAAGCUAGCAAGGGCGAGAAGAUGUUGAGCAAGCUGCUGGGCGGCUACGAAGCUCGUUCUCGUAUGCUUGCGGGAAAGAUCACCGAGGCUGCUUCCCAAUGUGUGGAUGCAGAUGUGCGCCUCGUGUCGCUGCGGCGGCUUGGUGCAUGUGAGCCAGCCGUCGGGGAGGAGCGCUUGGAGCAACUCAAGGCCGAUGUCGCACGCUUGGCGUCGAUGGAACGUAUGGCUCAGGCCGAGUACAAAGAGCUCGUGUCUGCAUACGCGACGGCGCAAGAGGCGCAUGAUCAAGUCCAAACUGAGCUCGACAUGCGCCAUGCUGAACAUGCAUUGAUGAUGCACUAG